UGCUGUGCUCAUCGUUGGGUUUGUCAUUUUGUUGUCGUUCUGUGUACAUUCGACAACAACUCGGUGUGUGUUAUCGUCGUUGCUUUCAGUUGCGAAUGCGGUUAGAAAAACUUAACAAUUUUUGUGUCGUGUUCUAAAAAUUCCAUUAAUAAGCUUAUUAAAUAAAUAUAUGUAAGCAAUGCAGGAUACGGAUAAAGCGAAAACCACUUUAAGUGAGGCGCUCAGCUUGCUUGUCUCGUGGAAACUACCACACCUCUGCAACAAAUUUGAAGAACACGAAGUUUGCACUGAGUCAUUCCGGUAUCUAACAGACGAAGAUAUUUGUGCAUUAAUACCGAAAAUCGGACCACGCGCAAUAUUUCGUUCACGUCUCUUGAGCUGGCGACAGCAGCAAGAGUUCAAAAAACAAGAUCCCAUUGUUCUAUUAAGCAGCGGUCAUGUCGAUACGACCACAGUGGCAAUCAAAGACGAAUUUCAAGAGACAAGUCCCGAAGCGGAACAGACGGAUAUUCACUUUGAGAUUGCAGCAAGAGAGCAGGAAUUGUUCGAGGACAGUGAUUCGGAAACUGUAUCUGUGAUGAGCGAGAAAAAAUGCGAUGAAUCCGUAACUGAAGGGGCUUCUCCUACGAAAAAACAAUUGGAUGUACAAUCUGUGCUCAAUAACUGUUACGAAGGCAUAAAUGCUCUUGAAUACUAUAGGGAGAAUGGUGGCCUGGACAUGCAUCUUCGCAAAAAAGUGGUAAAAAUUGUUGUUGAGGCCGCGCUUGACAAGCGAAUGGACAUGUCUGUAAAUGAUUUUCACAGUAUGAACCAGCAGCUACUGCGAUUAUUCCCGAACGAAAGUGACGAUACCUUCUAUAUGCCACGUGUUGGUAAUACUCGGGCUCGCGGAAUGCUUUACAACAAAUAUGUCAACCUGUCUCGAAGACUACGAAGGGACGGACUUUUGGAAUACAAGAGGCAUUGGACGAACAAAAGGCGAUAGAGCAGUGGAAGUACUUACAUGCAUAUGUACAUAUGUAUGUGUGUAUGUGUGCAUGUGGCUAUCAAUUACAUAUAACACUUAAGUUGUAUAUUAUUUUUAGAUGCUUCAGUUUAGAUUAAUAAUAAUACGACACAUAUAUAUAAAUA